UUCCCCCCAUUUUUUCACCUCUCACCAUGCCUGAGACAGGUGGCGCCGACGACGCUCCUGCUGACGGUGAUGAGCCGUACAGUUGGAAGGAGCCUGCCGUAGUGCCUAGGAGAGGCUUAGAUUUCUUGCGGCCCAUCGCCGCACCUGUUCCUCCCCCAUCGGUCGCCCCAACUGCAUUUGACAAACCACCGCGCGUCGAGCCACCGUUGCCAUGUAGUCCUACCUCCACUCCCUACGUUCUCCCACCGGCCGUAGCAUCUUCUAGCAGAGGGCCUGUAAAAGAUCGUGUCGACUACGCCACCGUAUCAACCGUUCGGUACAGCGUUCCGUGCGUGUCUACUGUGUCUUCGGCGAAGAAACAGCACACGACGAAGUACACGCAGCAGCGGAUUAACCUUGGUGGCCAAAUUCGCCCCCCUUCACCACCGCGCUCGCCUCCCCCUAUCAAGCGCCCUGAUGAACCACCGCCACCGAAGCUAAGUACAAAGGGGAUAAUCAAGCAGAAGUACCUGAUCGCUGAAGCUAAGUACAAGAAUUAUUGGCUUCGCUACCUUCCCGUGGCUGAUACUUACCCGUACUAAGGAUGGGUACACCGCCCUUAAGUGCAGUGUUUGCCGAGAUUUCGGCAAGGAGACGACAAAGUACUCAAGCCCAGGCGCAGGCGGACGAGAUCUCCAGACCCAGAUAAUGCGCAUCCACGAACACUCUACGGUCCAUGAAGACGCGGUUCGCCGACAGCUGGAGAUACAACAAGGCAUCGACGACAAGCAGCACAAGAUAACGAGUUUCGCCACCGAAGACGUCGAGGGUCGUCGCGUCAUCCGUUUCUUGCGGUGCAUCGAAUUUCUUUGCAAGAGCGAUGCUCCUAUCGCCAUGUUU